GCGCCCACGAUUUUAGCCUGGUACGGCAGCCCCCGCACGGCUCACGAGCGCGUCCGGCACCCAAACGGGACCGACGGGUCCUCGCCGCGACGCUCGGCGUCCACGAGCACCGCUUGCGCGCGCCGGGCAGCCUUUUCACCAGCAGGAUGCCCCGAGAUCAACUGGUAGACGUCGCCGUCGAUAGGGACACGGGCCGAAGAACACUGGUCGCCAAGCGCCGCUUCGAGGCCGGCGAAAUCCUAGCGACGGAUUCACCUCUCAUCGUCUGGGCGCAAAACGAGGCCGGUCUUUUGAAAGCGUUUCAGUCAUCUGACCAGCAAGAAACGAUCCUCUCAUUAUACUCCCCAGCUCUAGAUCGCCAGGACGAGAAGAUUGAUGAGAGACGCAAGAAGGCGGCGGCGCUCGCGCGCACGAAAGCGUUUUCGUCCCUCGACAAAGACUCAAUACUAAAAGUACUUUUGGUGGGAGACGCCUUCGCCCACCAGUUCGGGAAGCAAGAAGCGCUCUACGAGACGGCGUCGGCGCUGCGGCACGACUGCGCGCCGAAUUGUCGGUUUCGUUCACAACCAGACGGCUCGAUCGAAGUGACAAGUAUACGACACAUCCCGGCGGGCGAGACGCUGUCCUUUUCAUAUAUUGGCGUACCCUGGGUGCUGUGCACGUCGGAACGGCGGAAACUGUUGCGGGAGAGUUUCGAGUUUUUUUGCGCGUGCCGGCGGUGCUGACUCAGCGUUCGUUUCCAAACGUUUCCGAGCUUCAAGUUGCGUCGACGGCGUCGUCGCGAUGCCACGCCGCCGUGGCGCCGUCGUCGUGAUCACGUGAGCGUCCACACGUCUCGUCAGAGGCAGUUUUGUGACGGCGUCGUUCCCGCGCAGGUGCCAGGCCCCGGACGUAUUACGCUCCGCCCCCUGCCCGGGCUGCGGCAACUUUUGUUCCUUGGAGGAGCCAAUCGCGCCGCCCCAGGGCCCCGCCAGCAUCUUCUGGCACUGCCCCGUACGACGCGGCGUCGCGAAUCAACGUCGAGGCGUGACGCCAUCGACGCGUGACGCCCCCGACGCGUCCGUCGCGCAGGUCUGCGCCAAGCCCUUCGACGCGACGCUCCACGAGGAGCAGCUCAAUCUCGAUUUUAAGACUUUGUCCGAGAAGGUCCAGAAAGCUUCUGAAAACAUACGAGACGCCUACGCGCGCGGGAAAGCGCCUCCUUCCAAGGUCUGGGAGGUGUUCAAGGACUGCGAGGACUUUGCCUGGCGCAGUGCCAAAGAGCUCGGCCGCGGCAACGUCGUCGUCUACCGGGCGACGGAGCUCGUCGUGAAUACGGCUAGAGACUUUUCGGUCGCGAAGGAUGCCUUUUCCAAGCAGAAUAUUGAGACGGAGGGCGACUCUUCAGCAGACCUGCGGAGGCGGUGGGUCGAAGCGACCAUAAGACGAGUAGCGCAGCAGGAAUGUGCUGCUGCAUCGUGCUCAAAAGGCGGCGACUGCUUCGGGACGGAGGGCGAGCACCCGGCCGUUUAUGAAGCGGCAGCAACGGUUUGCGGGUGCGCUCCAGUGCUCGAAACGCGACUCAGUGCGUUGGAGCGCGAGGCGUUUUUUGAUCUCUGCGCCAAGUACCGGCCCUGCAUCCGGUUGAUGUACGAUUCUUCCGAGGAAGAGAAGGCGCGCGUGGAGUUGCUCGAGUCGCUGCUGAACGCUGCCGACGUGGCCGAGGAUGGAGAGGGCGUGGGGGAGGAGAAGGGGGCGUAAGUAGGAGCCCAC